GCACGCUCGGUGUGAAGAUCUAUAAAUUGAGCGCACUGCAGCGACGCUUGAGUUUCAUUCGGACUUGUUAACAAAGUGCAACUAUGGGUGAAGAGGUGGCAUACUUUACAAAUACCGAAACAGGGUACGUGCCAGCCAAGCUGGGUCAGCGCAGUUCUCAAGUAAAACCACUGCGGAUAAUACAAUUCGUAGUACAGGAGGUUAUACCGGAUGUGCUUAAGUUCAUCGUCUGUUUGAUCCCAUUGAUCGUGAAUGGCCUAAUAGGGUUGAUCCUACCGUUCAAAAAGAAAUCCAUCGUGGGUCAAACGGCGCUGGUAACCGGUGGAGGAAACGGGCUUGGCCGAGCACUGUGCUUGCGUCUUGCGAAGGAAGGUUGCAAUGUAGCCGUGGUGGAUAUCGAUAUGGUCGGUGCCCAGCGAACGGUGGCCGACGUGCGCAAACUCGGUGUCAAAUCAGAAGCGUUCUUGGCCGACAUCGCCAACUACGAGGAAGUCGAGAAACUCAGACUGGCCGUUGAAGCCGCGCUGGGUCCGGUCGAUAUUCUUGUCAACAAUGCUGGCCUGUUGGCGAUCUUGUCGAUCACCGAAGGUAAACCGUCGGAUCUGGAGCGGAUCUUAAACGUGAACCUACUCUCUCACUUUUGGACGAUUCGUGCGUUCAAGCCAGGCAUGGUAAAUAGACGGCGUGGUCAUAUCGUGGGAAUUGCCUCCAUCGCUGCGCAUUUUCCCGUGGGACGGUUUAUUCCUUACACCGUCACUAAAUAUGGCGUUCGAGCACUGAUGGAAUCCCUGAACAGUGAGCUACGCAUGGAUGGGUUGCACGAGGAACUGCACACGACAUGUGUCUACCCAGCAUUGAUCGCUACGCGGCAGCAAUUCAUGGACUUGCUCGAUAAGUUGAACUUUUUGCAUCGAUUCUACGUCUUCACGCCAGAACAGGUAGCAAAUGAAGUCGUGAAGGGCAUUCGCGUUAACAAGCGCGAGGUGUUUGUUCCAAGCAUUCUGGCAAAUCUUUGCAAGCAGUUUGAGAAUCUUCCAUCGGGUCUAAGGCAACUGGUUUUGUGUACUAUGCUGCGCGGAAAAUUGCCCUCGCUCAAUCCGAAGCAAUCAUGAAGAAGAGAUGAGCUCAGCUGAGACGCCGCCUGGUCGGAGAUCGCAACGAGUAGCAAUUAUUUCUUAGCGAAUUAGCGAAAUUUCAAUAUUGAAUGUUGACCCACAGUUUGGAAAUAAAAACAACAUCGGGAGUCGUACGCGUCUAUUGGCACAAUAAUUGGCAUUCGAUUACGUCAAGUGUUAAGGCUACAUCAUUCUUAUCAUUAUGUUGCAUCGAAAAAGCUGCGGUGUGUUGGCUAACAGAGAUUGAAAAUGAUUUUCUUCU